AUGGUUAUUAUUCAAACAUUAUUUAAACGUAUUCGAUAUAAUAAAGAUAUCAAUCGUCAAACUAUAAAUCGAUGGUUAAUGAAUAUAAAUAUGAUACUUCGAUGUCUUGUACAAAAUUUAACUGAAGACGCUAAAUUGACACAAUGGAAUGAUGUUGUAUCAUCAGUUAAUUUAACACGAGAUGAAAUGUUUAGUGUAGCUCUUCUUCAUAUUUUACAUGAUGCUGUAUUACAAAUUUUAACUAAUACUCGACAAUUACCAACUGAACAGAUAAAAACUGGUUUCUAUCAAAGUCAAAAGAGCUUAAGCUUUCAUCAUAAUCGAUACGAUAAAUUAGAAGCACAACGAAUGGUUAUUAUUCAAACAUUAUUUAAAUGUGUUCCAUAUAAUAAAGGUAUCAAUCGUCAAACUAUAAAUCGAUGGUUAAUGAAUAAAAAUAUGAUACUUCGAUGUCUUGUACAAAAUUUAACUGAAGACGCUAAAUUAACACAAUGGAAUGAUGUUGUUUCAUCAGUUAAUUUAACACGAGAUGAAAUGUUUAGUGUAGCUUUUCUUCAUAUUUUACAUGAUGUUGUAUUACAAAUUUUAACUAAUACUCGACAAUCACGCGGUCAAAUGGAUAUGAUAUUAGUUUCUCUUGCAUCCGAUUAUCGCUAUUUAUUUAUGUAUAUUAUGAAAAAUGGUAAAUCACUUUUGGAUAUUUAUUCUACACAAUUAACACUAUUUGAUGUUGUAUCGUUAGUUGAAUUACGACCAAUUGAUCCAUUUGUUGUUGCUUUUCGAGCAUUAGAUAUCAAUCGUCAAACUAGAAAUCGAUGGUUAAUGAAUAUAAAUAUGAUACUUCGAUGUCUUGUACAAAAUUUAACUGAAGACGCUAAAUUAAUACAAUGGAAUGAUGUUGUAGCAUCAGUUAUUUUAACACGAGAUGAAAUGUUUAGUGUGGCUCUUCUUCAUAUUUUACAUGAUGUUGUAUUACAAAUUUUAACUAAUACUCGACAAUUAUGCGGUCCAAUGGAUAUGAUAUUAGUUACUCUUGCAUCCGAUUAUCGCUAUUUAUUUAUGUAUAUUAUGGAAAAUGGUAAUCAAUCGAAACAAUGA